AUGACAGCCAUGAACCUUGCACUCACCACGCACAGCUACCACACAUCCCAGGCCCACGGUGACCUAUCAACCCCACCAGCGAUCCGGCCAGCAUGCCUCAAAUGUACCUGCCGGAAUUACGCUCCGGCUGCCAUUUUACGGCUUCACAUCCAGGCUGUGGGACAUGCGGUAACGUGACUACCUAUUCUCCAUGACAGCCACAAACUUCGCACUAUCCAUGCAAGGCAGCCUUACUAGCUAACAUUUGCAUUUGUCAUGCAACCCACUCCAAUGGCCAUCACGAACCACACCGGCAUACUAACAAAUUCAUAUCACGUAACAGGUCAGGCUCAGCAUGUUCCCCUGUUGUCAUAGCAACAUAUGAACUAACUCUACAUGUGCUAAUGGUGCAAAGGGAAUUUUCCCAUAACAGAGACAAAACAAUCAUCAAACUCUCAAGCUUACCAACCUCCCAAGGCCACGGGACACAGUCGAGAUUUAAAAAUAAGGGGUAACAUAGGAAGGGAGAUUCGGGCCUCCCCUGAUUAAAUUGUCAGUACGAGCCAUGAGACUCGACAUCAAGACCACAGACUGUUACUAUCAUACAACAGAUAGGAAUUUACCAGGUUACCAUGUCAAAAAGGGGGGAGCCACACACCCUCAUGACAAAAAUGUAUCCACAAUUUCCAGUUCACUCCUCGCAGGCAAAUGUGGCCAAAGGCAUAGUGGCAUGUAGGGUCUUGGUUAAGCAGUCUUACCGCUUUACCGUUGACUGGGAAUAUUAACUCUACAUAUAUAUUCCUGGUUAGGUCCGGCAAUAUACGGAACGUGGCUAGUUUCUACCUAGUUGUCCUAGACCCCAGCAAUCAGAUCUCGCACCUUGUGAACUCUGACACCCCACAACUUCCAACCGGUCCGGAUUUCCAUACGUUGUCAUUUAAAGGGACCACACAUCAGCACUACACUCCUAUACAGGAGGCGCCAUACUUCACCUCAGGCGUGCAUAGGUGGCCCAAAUACUUGGGGGCGGAGGGGAGAGGUCGUGUUACAAAGCAUUAAGAAGUUAAACUCUGGUCGCAAGUAGGAAUGUAUCAUAUACAGUUCCACAUUAAUACAUACAUUCUCAUGUUCACUGGUUCCUACACUAGGUGCUUACUGAAUAAUUAUAGGGUUACACUGCAAUUUCUCGACUCAUAUUUCCCCUAAUAUUUGAUCAUUUAGUAGUCAUGCUCACAUAAUACUUAGACCCUCAAUUGGUAUUAUACUACGGCCACUUCGGCCCCACCUUCGGGUGUCGCGUUCAAAUCACCAUUCUGCAUUCAAGGGUAUGCACAAGUGGCCAGCGCCACACAUCUGAACGGCUGACAUUGUACCCACAUAUUUUCAUUAAGACACCCACUAAGUCACAUACUACCUUCAUGUGGCCACCUUGCCAUCCAAGUUUUACUAUGGGCUUAGCCUUUUUGAUUGCAUAGUUAAGUUGCAGCCCUCCCUAGGCCUUCACAACACACUCUUCGUAUGGCCAUCAGGACGCUUACCGCUACACCCUACUUUGAGCCCUUUCACUUUGGCACGGCAUAUGUAACCCAUCCUGCUGCCUGGGAUUAUAUACUGCCCUAGCAUACCACAUUCUGAGUACACCAUCUGGUCACACGGCCACACCGACCCUCCUGCAUACAUACAGGGCAUUCCAGAGCAGUGGCGGCUCUAGACUUGGCGAGGCCUUAGGCGAAACUCCUACAUGAGGCCCCCACUAACACCAUUAUUGAAAAAAAAUAGCAGUUGAUUUAUGUGUGUAAAAGAAGCUGUAGAUAUACUGAAGGGGGGGCUUGCAGCACUGGAUAUAGUGAGCUAGUCUUUGUAUACAUCGUUGCAUUGUCUACCUGUGUGUGUCUGGCAGUGAGGAUCCUUGUAUAUGUAUGUAUGUUUCUCUGAGCAUGUGUAUGUUUGUGUACUGCCUGUGGCCUGUGGCCUUUGGCACUGAGUUUAUGGCGAAGCUAUGUUUUAUGACAGUGUGUAUAAUUAUUGCCUUCAGGGGGUGGCAGGGUGAGUGUAAAAGAGGAGGGUACCAGAGUGUUUGGAGGUGGGUACCAGAGUGUUGAGGGCUGACAAUGAGAAUGGAGGGAGGUGCCUGUGUGUGUGGAGAGUGGUGCCUGUGUGUUUGGAGGGAGAGACAGUGUGUAUGGAGGGGAGUGACAGUGUGUAUGGAGGGGGGUGACAAUGUGUAUGAAGGGGUGUCAGUGUGUGCCGAGAGGGGUGACAGAGUGUGUGGGGGGUGACAAAGUGUGAGGGGUGGUGACAGAGUGUGAGGGGUGGUGACAGAGUGUGAGGGUUACAUUAGUGUAAGGGGUGUGAUAGAGUGAGAGGAAGGGUGACAUAGUGAAGGUGGGUAACAGAGUAAGAGGGGAGUGUCAGAGUAAGAGGGUGGGUGACAUAGUGUGAUGGGGUGACAGAGUGAGAGGGAAGGUGACAGACUAAGAGGGGGUGACAUAGUGUGAGGGGGUGAAAGUGUGAGGUGGGGUGACCUAGUGUGUGGGGAGCGACAGAGUGAGGUGGCAGAUGGGGUGGCAGGAUGACAGUUGGGGUGGCAGGGUGACAGGUGGGGUGAUAGGUGGGGUGGCAGGGUGACAGAUGGGGUGACAGGGUGACAGAUGGGGUGGCAGGGUGACAGAUGGGGUGACAGGUGGGGUGGCAGGGCUACAGACAGGGUGACAUGUGGGGUGGCAGGGUGACAAAUGGGGUGACAGGUGGGGUGGCAGGGUGACAGACAGGGUGACAUGUGGGGUGGCAGGGUGACAGAUGGGGUGUCAGAGUUGCAGGGUGACAGGUGGGGUGGCAGUUGGGGUGGCAGGGUGACAGGUGGGGUGGCAGGGUGACAGACAGAGUGACAGACGGGGUGACAUGUGGGGUGGCAGGGUGACAGAUGGGGUGUCAGGGUUGCAGGGUGACAGGUGGGGUGGCAGGGUGACAGACAGAGUGACAGACGGGGUGACAUGUGGGGUGGCAGGGUGACAGAUGGGGUGUCAGGGUUGCAGGGUGACAGGUGGGGUGGCAGGGUUGCAGGGUGACAGGUGGGGUGGCAGGGUGACAGGGUGACAUGUUGGGUGGCAGGGUGUGGGGGGUGACAAAUGGGGUGGCAGGGUGACAGAUGGGGUGACAGGGUGAGGGGGGUGACAGAUGGGGUGGCAGGUACCUUUUUCCCUGGUGGUCCAGUGGUGACAGACUACCUGGUGGUCCAGUGGGCUCUCCGGUCUGCAGCUCUGCCGGAUGCAGAGCUGCAGACCACAUGGUGAAUGUCUCGCGAUCUCCAGUCAGAGCGUUGCCGUGGUAACCCGCGGCAACGCUCUAAUUGGCUGGAGAUCGCGAGACACUUCAGUCUGCAGCUCACACCCGGCGGAGCUGCAGACUGAAGGCUGGCUCUCCCGGGCAGACUGACAGGAGGGGCCUCGCACCCGGCGGCAUACAGGGCAAGCCGCCGGGUCCCCUCCUGUGUUGGGUCCUCGAGGACCCGACAUGUCAGUCUGCCCUAUGGCGGUUUAGGCGGCCGCGAGGCCCCACACAGCGCGAGGCCUUAGGCGGCCGCCUAAACCGCCUAAUUAGAGAGCCGCCUCUGGUCAGGAUAUUACAUUAGGAGGGUCAGCGAAUAUAUACACACAAGUCGAAGGACUUGACUCACUCAAGUUGAGGAAUCCACCUAAAUGUAAUAAUGAUUUUUAUCAAAACAAGGUACUAUAGAACAUUGAAUGAAAAUACAGCAAACCGUUUCUUGUUCAGUUUUGCAUUAAAAGUGAUAUUGGACCAAUACAUGUGAUAAUGGCUGGAGCAUCCUCUUCUGUCAUAGGCUGGGACCAUGGUCCCCCGGUGAACCUUUCUCUAAUGUUUUUUCUUUUUCUUCCUUUUUCUUCCUUUUUCUACGGUUCUUCCAAAUAAAUUUCUCUGCACCGAAGACAUGUGCCGUCAAACCAUUUGAUGCUGUAUUGUUUGUCUUCAUACUUUAUCGUUUAUUGACUAGAGUAGGCAACCUACGGCACUAGUGCCAUGCACGGCACUCAAGGUGUUUUUCCACGGCACUCAAGGCUGCUAGAGCCAAACACACUGUGGCCUAUCAGGAGUCCCAGUGAAACUUCAGAUAUCUGCUAAUACGAAGAGGUGGUGAAGGACAAUCCUCAAUGUAUGCAUUGCAGCACAUAGAGGAAGUGAUCUGAGACCACUUCCUCCCAGCACUUGUGAAUGGGAAUCCACACUGGAGUAGAGCCGCCCGCAGCUGCUCUUGGAGCUCCUGUCCUUGACCUGCACCUGGCCAGCACGGUCCCCACUGGAACCAAGAGAAGCCAUCCACACUGCUAGAUAUACACAGAAAUGCAAAAUAACCCUCCCUUAUAACACGAACAGCCAACCCACACACAAACAUACACACAAUCCUCACAAACUCAACACCACUAACAAUCCACAUACAUGCACACGACCCCACAUGCAGCCUCUCACAUGCAAUACCCUAAACAUACACACACUACCAAACACACAAUGUGACAUAUCCAUCCACGCACAAUUCCACAAGCAGCUCCCAUACACAACCUACAUUCAUAGGUAUCAUACACAACACAACAAGCUACUUGUGAACAUAUACAAUAUAUUAGCUCAUAUACACACAAAUACAAUGAUACAAAGCAACUGCAGUACAAAUAACACAAGCGGAAUAUGGCAACAUACACACCUCAAUUUUAAAAAACAGGACCGACACGCUGCGAGACAUCCCAAUCUUAUUUCGGCACAGUGCUGCUAAAAGGUUGCCUAUCCCUGGACUAGACACAGGGCCGGACUGGGAAUGAAAAGCAGCCCUGGAAACAAAUUCUAUACCAGCCCCAUAAUGCAUCGCGCCAGCAUAGUGUGCAGAUAUCAAAGCGGGAAAAACAAACGUAAAACUGAAAACUAGCACUCAAACGUGAAAGAACGCACUCAUAGGGCUUCAAAAUAAACAAAAGAGCAGAUUUAUUAUAAGCAGACGUGCAUUUGCAUAUAAUCAAUGUUUCAGUCCAUUUUCUUGAUAUAUUAAGAAAAGUUUGGUAAUUUGGACUGAAAUUGUGAAUAUAUGCUAUUGCACAGCAGUAAAAAUAAUAAUUUUAUCUUGUUUUAUUUUGAAGUAAUAAGAGUGUGCUCUUCACUUUGGCUUACAACUGGAUAAGUUUCAGUCAAUGCCAAUUCAAUUCCCAUAGGAAAGCAUUGGGGGGGCUAUUGCGCAUGUUUGGCAAUAUGCUGCGCUUCACCACACCAUUCAGCAUCUCCUCAUAGAGAUUCUUUGCAUCAAUGCAUCUCUAUGGGGAGCGAUCAGCGCCUCCAUGCAGAGUGUGCAGCACUGGACUAGGAAGCAUCUCUAGUGGCCGUCUGAGUGACUGUCACUAAAGAUGUUCCUAGGCAGCAAUGUAGACACUGCCUUUUGUCUGAAAAGGUAGCAUUUACAGUGCUCAGAAUACAGGGACAGACUAUAGACACCAGAACCACUACAUUAAACUGUAGUAGUUCUGGUGACUGUAGUUUCCCUUUAAUACGACUUCUUUCUCUCACCGGUUGACUCUGAGUUACAGGGAGAGCAGGAAACACAAGUGAAGAUGCAUUUUGUUUGUGUCUUUCUCCCAAAAGCCCCUUUCAUGUGUCUCUUAGCCCCAACCCCCUUGUCUCUGCCUCCCUUUCCCCAGCCCUUCUGUGAGUCUCUUUCCCAGGCCCCAACACCUCUAUGUGUAUCUUUUCCCACAGCUCCUCUGUGUGUCUCAUUCUCCCCUUUCCCAGCCCCUCUGUGUGUCUCUUGUUUGUCUUACUCAGCUCCUCUAUGUGUGCCUCCUGUUCCCCUUUCCCAACCCCUGUCUCUUUCUCCCCACACACCUCUGUGUGUCUUUUUUUACUCGCCAGCCCCUCCAUGUGUCUCAUUACCCCACAACCCUCUGUGUGUCUCAUUCCACCCUCUCCAGUCUUCCAUGUGUCUCAGUAGCCCCCACGUGUCCCAUUAGCCCUCAGCCUUCCAUGUGUCCUAUUAGCCCUCCCUAUGUCCAUAUAGCCCCCCAGCCCUCCAUGUGUCCCACUAGCUCUCUCUCCCAGCCCUCCAUGUGUCCCACUAACCCUCCCUCCAAGCCAUCCAUGUGUUCCUAUAGCGCCCUCCCUGUCCUCCAUGUCUUCCUAUGCCGACUCCAAACUCUCCAUGAGUCCUUAUACCCCCUCCAAGUCCUGAAUGUGUCUCAUUAGCCUUCCCAUGUGUCUCCUUAGCCCUCCCAUGUGUCCCAAUUAGCACCCCAUGUGUCCCAUGAGCCCCUCAGCCCUUCAUGUGUCACUAUAGCCCCCUCCCGGCCCUCAAUGUGUCCCAAUAGGCCCCUCCCAGCCCCCAUGUGUCCCAAUAGGCCCCCUCCCAGCCCCCAUGUGUCCCACUAGCUAUCCCUCCCAGCCCCCAUCUGUCCCAUUAGCCCCCUCCCAGCACUCCAUGUGUCCCUAUAUCUCCUCCCAGCCCUCCAUGCAGUGGCGGAUCCAGACGCUAAUCUCGGGAGGGGCACUGGCAGACCAUUUUAAGAAACAAUCCAGGUGCAAUAACCACUAAAGCUCUCUGUAGUGGUUUUGGUGCCAGGAUUUGCUGUGGUGCCAUCCCAGAGUAAGAAGUCAGACAGUUUAAAAAAAGAUAACUUACCCAGUGUCUGCUAGGAUAGGGGCUGUUGUGUGUGUGUGUGUGAGUGGUGUAGUGUAUCUAUGGGGUAGCAAUUUGUAUAUUGGGAGCAGUGUGUUUGUGUGUAAUGGGUGCAGUGUGUUUGUGUGUGAGUGGCGCUGUGUGUGUGUAUUGGGGGCUGUGUGUAUAAGGGGGCAGUGUGUGUAUUGGGGGCUAUGUGUGUAAGGGGGGGCUGUGUGUGUGGGGAGGCAGUGUGUGUAAGGGGGGGCUGUGUGUGUAAGGGGAAGCUGUGUGUGUGAAGGGGGGCUGUGUGUGUAAGGGGUCUGUAUAUUUGUGUGUGGUGCAGUGUGUAGGGGCUUAUAGUUUGUGAGGGGAUAGGGGGGCUGUGUGUGUAAGGGGAGGUUGUGUGUGUAAGGAGGGCUAUGUGUGUAUGGGGGCUGUGUGUGUAUCGGGGGCCUAUUGUGUGUAUGGGGGGCUGUGUGUGGGGGGCUUUGUGUGUGUGUAGGAGGGCUGUGUAUGUGGGGGAGGGUUGUGUGUGUAUGGGGCUGUGUGUGUAUGGGGGAGGGCUGUGUGUGUAUGGGGCUUGUGUGGGGGGCUGUGUGUGUGGGGGCUGUGUGUGUGUAAAGGGGCUGUGUGUGUGGGGGGUUUGUGUGGGAGGGCUGUGUGUGUGGAGGGCUGUGUGUGUGUGGGGGGCUGUGUGUGGGGGCUGUGUGUGUGUGUAGGGGGGCUUUGUGUAGGGGCUGUGUGUGUGUGUGUAGGAUGGCUGUGUAUGUGGGGGUUGUGUGUGUGUGUAGGAGGCUGUGUGUGUGGGAGGGCUGUGUGUGUGUGUAGGGGGCUGUGUGUGUGUGUGUAGGGGGCUGUUGUGUGUUGUGUGUGGGAUGGCUGUGUAUGUAAAGGUUGUGUGUGUAGGGGCUGUGUGUGUAAAGGGGGGCUGUGUGUAUGUAAGGGGUUUUGUGUGGGAGGCUGUGUGUGUAAGGAGGGCUGUGUGUGUGUAGGGGGCUGUGUGUAUGUAGGGGGCUGUGUGUGUGUGUGUGUGGGGGGCUGUGUAUGGGGGCUGUGUGUGUGUAAGGAUGGCUGUGUAUGUAAGGGGGUUGUGUGUGUAAGGAGGGCUGUGUGUGUAUAUGUAAAGAGGGCUGGGUGUGUAAGGGGGGCUGUGUGUGGUGCAGUGUGUAGGGGGUUAUAGUUUGUGUGAGGGGAUAGGGGUGCUGUGUGUGUAGGGGAGCUGUGUGUGGUGCAGUGUGUGAGGGGAUAGGGGGGCAGAUUAAAUAUAUUUGUUUUUUUAAUUAUUAAAUAACUAAAUAAAUAUAGCUAAUGUCCCCCCUCCCUUCUUACCUUUGCUGAGGGAGGGGGAGACAUUGCUUUCUUUUCAUCCCUGGUGGUUCUAGUGGGGGAGUGAACUCUAACCUGCAGCUCAGGCUAGAGUUCACUCUCGCGAGAAUGGAGCAUUGCCAUGGUAACCGCGGCACCACUCCGUGAUCGCGAGAAGAGAACCUGGCGGAGCUACAUGUAAGAGCUCCCCCGGGUUCUCUCUCUCACUCCCUCCCCUGCCUGCUGCCAGUAAUGUGCCUGUGUGGGCCGUGGAGGGAGAUCACUGAUGUCCCCUCCGGUCCGUGAUGGCAAACAGCAGGGCUGGUGCUUGGAUAGUGCCAGCCCUGCAUGGGCUGGCAGGGGAGACCCUCGGCCAGCACUAUUUUCUCGGGGGAGGGGGCAAUUGCCCCGUUGCCCCCCCUAGAUCUGCCAAUGCCUCCAUGUGUCCCUAUACCCUCCUCCCAGCCCUCCAUGUGUCCCUAUACCCUCCUCCCAGCCCUCCAUGUGUUCUUAUAUCCUCUUCCCAGCCCUCCAUGUGUUCUUAUAUCCCCCUCCCAUCCCUCCAUGUGUUCUUAUAUCCCCCUCCCAGCCCUCAAUGUGUCCCUUUAGCCCACCCCCAGCUCUUGAUGUGUCCCAUUGAAUCCCCCAGCUCUCCCUGUGUCCCAUUAGUCCCCCCCAAGCUCUCCAUGUAUCCCAUUAGCCCUCCGCUCUCCCUGUAUCCCAUUAGUUCCCCCCAGCUCUCCCUGUAUCCCAUUAGUUCCUUCCCAUGCUCUCCCUGUGUCCCAUUAGUUCCCCCAGUGUCCCAUUAGUUCCCCCCAGCUCUCUCCUGGGUCCCAUUAGUUCCCCCCAGCUUGCCAUGUGUCCCAUUAGUUCCCCCCAGCUCUCCAUGUGUCCCAUUAGUUCCUCCCAGCUCUCCAUGUGUCCCAUUAGUUCCACCCAGCUCUCCAUGUGUCCCAUUAGUUCCUGCCCCAGCUCUCCCUCCCUGGGUCCCAUUAGUUCCCUCCCCAGCUCUCCCUGUUUCCCAUUAGUUCCCUCCCCAGCUCUCCCUGUGUUCCAUUAGUUCCCCCAUGCUCUCCCUGUGUCCCAUUGGUCCCCCCUUCCCAACUCUCCCUGUACCUAGCUGUAGGGAGGCCGAGCAGGGCUGUGUGUGUCCCUGCUCACUGUACCCGGUCUGACAGGAAGCAGUCAUGUGCUCUCUGUGAGCACUUCCUGUCAGACCGGAUAGGGGAACAGAAGCUCCUCUACCCGCGGUCUGCCUGCUCGGCCCCGCUACAUUCUGUGACCGGCAGGAGGGGAGUGUAUCCCCUCUUGCCGGUCACCCUGUAAUUGUGCCGUGCAGCACGCAGGCCGGUGCGGACUAGGCGGCCGCGCACCGGCCCGCUAGUAUGCCGUCCCACCGGGAAAUUUCCCAGUAUCCCGAGCCAGUCCGGCCCUGACUAGACAUGAUUGAUAUUUAAAACGACGAUAUUUGGUUAUCGAAAAAAAUCUGCAGAUAAAGAAUUUUAAAGAUGAUACUGGACUAGACCUUUAAUAUUUUCUACUCAAAUAUUUUUUUUGAAAUUCAGCUAGGUGAUUUUUUUUUCUUGUAGGUAGAAUUGACAAAACACAUUUAUAGCCUGAACAUAUGUGAGGGUUACAUAGACAUGGUUUAAUUGAAAUCUGAAAAACUAUUUAAAAAAAAAAAAAUUCUGUUUGUAUUUUUAGAAAAUUGACAUCACUAAUAAGGUUGUUGCAGAACUACUAUCCAAGACAACAGAAUACCUACAGCCAAACCCAGGUAAAGUGACAGUGUGUUAUGCUGUGAACACAUUAAAGUGACUCUAUCAGAAAAUGUCUAACAGCGCUUAGAAAACUGCCAAUAUUCUGUGUUGAUUUUUUUCUAAAUCUGCUCUGCAGGCUUUUAUUAAAGGGAAACUCUAAACACCAUAAUCACUACUGCUCUUUUCAGUGGCUAUGGUAAAAUAAGUCUUACAAUUGGUGCAAUGAGUCCCAGUAUCAUAUCAGACCAUUUACAAACAUUUUGACAAUUAACAGGGCUCUCCCAGGGACUAAAUCCCACCGAUCUACAAACACUCAGGUAAUGGUAAGCUUCAAUGUCACACAGCCUAUCAUACAUAUCUUUGGUUGACCUUAUUCAUUGCACAGUGGAAUACUGGGAGCAUGGACAACUUAUUUGUUGAAAUCUCAGUACCUGACGGACUUUGGAAAUGACAUGUCCUGCGUGUAAUGAUGAAUGAUAGAAGAAACCAUGGAGGGUGAUAGAAUAGUGAAUGGAGAGAUAAAGGAGAGAACUAAAGAUAUAAAGUAGUAGAUAUACAAUAAUCCAAAAGUAUUCAUUAAUGAGUGGAAGUAUCUCUAGAAGGUGGACAAGAAAUUAGGACAGGAAUAAUUUGUAAUGAAGUGCAGAAAAGUGCUCAGCAGAGUGUGUACAGAAGCAGAGGACCUCGCAAGGACCUCGGGAUCACAUGGCCCAGGAGGGCCAGAUCGGCAGCAGGGGGACUCCCUGGGAUGUCGGGUAAGUCCCCCCCCCCAAUCGCGAUCACCGGUGUGGGAUCGCCGGCAAGCAGGUAAGUGGGAAGGACGGUGUGGACAUGCUAUGCCGCCCACCGACUUUUAGAGCCAGGUCCACAAGGACAGCAUAGAAUGCCGGCUGUCCUUAAGGGUUAAUAAUGGAAUGAGAAUUAUGUAGAAUGUAAUGAGGGAAGUUUCACCAACUACUAACAAUUAAUUUCCUCCUGUUCUACAAAUGGAGUGUGUUCUCCCCAAAAAAACUAUUAAUAAUAGAUAUUGAAAGGAACACUAUAGUGUUAGGCAAGCCCGGAGUGGUAAAAAAAAAUUCAGCCCGGGCAUUAUUGAAUCACAGUGGCCCAGACAGAGGGGGCGGGGCUAGAGAGGUAGCGUUUUGUCAUCACCAAUGAUAAACACACCCCCUCUUAAAGUGAGCAUGUUGGUUUAAUGCUCUUCCAGGGCAGCCCAUGAAGAGCUCUAGCAUGAGAAAAAGGCCCUGUGUUUGUUCUGUCUCUGGUGUCUCUAUAGGUGGGAUACCAGAGGACAAAAUGGCAAGGAAAGUGUAUUGUGCAUGUGUUUGAUGGCUGCUUGUGGAAUUGCAUGUGUGUAGAGUGAGCUGAUUGUGGUGUGGUGUGGUGUUUUGUGUAAAUUGGCCGGUGCAGUGUGUGUGUGUGAAGGAUGCACUACUGUGUUUGUGUGUGGUGCAAUGUGUGUGUGUGUGAGGGGUGCAGUAUGUUUGAAUGUUGCACUGUGUUUGUGUGUGGUGCAGUGUGUGUGUAGAAUGCACUGUAUUUGUGUGUGUGUGAGAGAGAGGGGUGCAGUGUGUGUGAAGGGUGCACUGUGUGUGGGGUGUAUUGUGUGUGUGUGUAUGUGAAGGGUGCACUGUGGGUGUGGUGUGUGUGAAGGGUGCACUGUGUGUGUGGUGUGUGUGUAUGUGUGAAGGGUGCACUGUGUGUGUGGUGUGUGUGUAUGUGUGAAGGGUGCACUGUGUCUGUGGUGUAGUGUGUGUGUGUGUGUGUGAAGGGUUCAGUGUGAGUGUGUGUGUGAAGGGUGCACUGUGUGUGUGGUGUAGUGUGUGUGUGUGUGAAGGAUGCACAGUGUGUGUGUGUGUGUAUGUGUAUGUAUGUGAAGGGUGCAGUGUGUGUCUGUGGUGCAGCAUGUGUGAGGGGUGCAGAUAUAGGCAAAUAUAUAAAAACUUUUUUUAAUAAAUAAACCAUGUAUUUAAAAUGAGCAUAAGUAGCUAUGUAUUUAACCUUUUUUUUUAGUUAUAUUCCACCCUCCCUUCUUACCUUUUCCCAGGGAGGUGGGAGAUUGCAACCUUGGUGGUCCUGUGGAGAAACCCUGGUGGUCCGGUGGUGAGUUUACUCUCGCUUCGACCUUGCAAGAGGAAGGACCUGGUGGAGCUGCUAGAUAGAGCUCUCUCCUCUCUCUCUCCUUCCUCCUACCUCCUGGCUGCCCAGUAAAGUACCUGUGGGACCAUGAAGGCACACCGCAGGGCCGGCGCUCGGAUAGCACUGGCCCUGCAGGGGCUGGCAUAUGAGAUCCUGUGAUCUCCCCUGCUGGCCUUAGCCCAUGGCCAAUGCGGCACACUGGGCAUUUGCCCAGUUUGCCCGAUGGCCAGUCCAGGCAUGGUGUUAGGAAUACAAACAUGUAUUCUUAACGCUAUAGUUUUCUCCUCACUAGUAGGAUUAUUUGUUCCCCUACAAGAGUUAAAAAAAUAAUUACCUAUCUUAUAUCCCACAAUGGUUGCCCCGUCUCCAAUUUCAGCUAAUCCAAUUCUUCCCCAGAGGAAAAGUGUGCAUGCGUGGCAAAUCACUAUGCUGCGCCAAUCAAACGCUCUCUUUGAGCAGAAUUUGAUUGAGAACCUAGUCUGACUCGGGUCUCCCACGGAAGUGCGUCUAGUGCCGUUCCUUCAAAGGGUUACAAUGGCAGGGGCACUGCACCCAGACCACUUCAUUGAGAUGGAGUGAUCUAGGUACUUUUACUGAGCAUUCAAGUCCACCCCCCACAAAAAAACGAUUUGUUUAUAUGUUUAUUAUUAUUGAGCUAUAAAAGCAACAUUGAGGCCAAUGUGAUUAGCAGAACUUUCCAACUGCUUUAUUUUGACCUUCUGUUUCAGAUUCACUUGUCAUGUCUCCACCAUUUACUGUUUAAUGGAUGAACUCACAAUUCUUUAAAAUCAGACGUGAAACCUGUAUAAGAAUUCUCACAGUGUAAACUGCAAACUCAAACACAAAUUUCUGUCAAAUUUCUUAUUUAUUGUGGGUUUUUUGUGCCCUAACCGUACUUUUUAGUAUAUAAACCAUUUUUGGCGAUACAGUGGAUUUAUGAAUUUAUCCAUCAGAAAAGUAGCAGGAUUUUUCCCACAUCUGUAAAUUUAAAGGGUCUAUUUUUGCUAAACUGGCGUGAUUCACUAUAAAAAAAAAAAAAAAUCACUUUUUUGAUCACUUUAAUAAAUUCUACCAAAACAAUGAGUGAAUGUAACCAUCACUUCUCAGAACACUCUGAUAAAUAUCCCCAUUAUACUGCAUAUACAUGUAAACAUGCAUACACUUACCUAUACAGAAAAAUAUUGUGAAUAUAUCUUAUCAUUUCCAGCAUACAGGGCAAGGCUUGGAAUGUUGAACACAAUGUCAAAAAUCAGAGGACAAGUUAAAAACACAGGAUAUCCUCAGACAGAAGGUCUGCUCGGAGACUGCAUGCUGCGCCACGGGAGAGAGUUGGGGGAUGAUUCUGAAUUUGGUGAGUGAAAAGAAGUCAACCCUUUCACUACCAUAGUGAAAAAAGAAAAUUCUAAUUGUAAAGUUGUGUUUAGUUUUAUUUAAAAAUAUUUUGCGUAAACCUGUAUCUUCUUAAUAAUCACAACAGUAUCAAAUUAUUUAACCAAGAAAUGUUCAUCUAUAUUUUUGCUGGUUUCCAAGUGUGUUCUGGGUUCUAGAUAUUUUGCCAUUUUUACCUAAUUUUAUGGUGCUUAUUGUAUCGACCUGGAAAGGCUGAAAGGUUGAAUUGAGCCUAUGUUACUGAACCUUUGAGAUAUUCCAUUUGCAGCUAUAUGAAUGGGAUAUUCUUGCUUCUUCAAUGUCGGUUUUCAUCACUUAUCUUUGUUAGUAAAAUUCCAUUAGUAAGAAUGCUAUCACAUUGCAUUUCUGUAAGUAAUAGAAAAUUAUGAGAUUUAAUGAUCAGUAGCUAUUUCAAAAUACAUUUUAUAUGUAUUACAUAUAUAUAUCUAUAUCUAUAUAAGUAUAUAUAGAUAUAUAUAACAGCUGCGGGCAGCAAUCUCGGGGUCAGAGGUGGUGAGUACCCAUAUAUCAGAUAUUUGUUAAUCACUGUGUUAUUAUUUUUUUUUUUUUUUGUAAAUAUAAGUUUAUUUGUAUAGAUUUGCUGUAGCAUAUACAAUCAAACAUGCAAUAGUGGAUCGGUAGACACGCAGGUCUCACUUACAGUGACAAUUAGUUAAGUAUUUAACAUUUACCCAGUAUUCUUAGAUGCUUAUAGGCUUUAUUAACCUCAUGUGUCUAUAGGUUCCCUAUCUCCUUCGUUCCCUUUCCCUUCCUCUCUCCUUUCCUUCCCCCCCUUCCCCUCCAUCCUGUAGUUCCCCUCUUCUCAUCCUUCUUCUCCUGUACCCUUUCCUUCUCUGUCCCUCUCCCCUCUCUACCUCCCCUCCCCAUCUCCUCCUCCUCCACCUUUUCCCUGUUCCCCUUCGUUUUUGCGUUCUCUGGAAUCAUGGGGCGCUCUUUUAACUAUAGAGGUUAGGUUUAUUUCCUUCCGCUAUGGGGAUCCCUAUCUCAUGGUCCGUUUCGUUCUAUCCGGGCAUUGGCACAUUCUCUGGACAUUGGUAGCCCCCUAUUUUCUGGACUUCUAUCUGUGUCGGAUUUCGGCCGGAUGUCCGGUGUGGGCGGUUAUACUAGUGUCCUAUGUACCUUUACCUCUUGCAUUUUAUUCUUGAGCGUUGUGUGUUAUACUGUGGUUCGUUUGUGCAUCUUUAUUGUUCUGUACAUUGUGUUGGGCUUGUCUUACGGUCCUGGGUCUCCCUUCCCUUGGUCACUACUUCAGCUAAUGCAUGUUUGUCUUUACCUCCGUUUGGGGUUGCUUUCUGAGAUGGCCGACCACCAGGCAGUAUAUACCGCUUUCGUGGGUGACCAUGUCUUAGAGUGCUCGUGGUUGUCUCCGUGCGUUCCAGUCAGCACUAGAACUGUAGCUAGGUGUGUUUGUUUAAUGGUUCAUUCUGAGUUUGCUUUUGUGUGCCCAGUGUGUAUUGGCAUGUAGCUGUUCCUUUAGCUGUAUUUUUACUAUUGUGUGGUGUGGCACCCACCAGGUUGUUGUGUUUCCGUGAUCCUUGUGUUAUGUUAUAGGUUAGGAGAGUUAGAGAAGAAAAGAAGAAGAAAAGAGAGGAGGAGAGAACAAAAAAAAAAAAGGGUGGGGAGGGGAAGGUGUGGAAAGCGUCCGCCUGUUUGACGCAUGGGGUAACCUUCUAUGUUACAUAUGCCAUCCAAGGUCUCCAUGUCUCCGUAUGUCGUUCUUCUCUCCCCAGUAUCUCUGCUAUUUUGGCUUCCGCCAUUCGUAUGUCUUCCACCUUACUUUUCCACUGUUCUGUCGUGGGUGGUUCUUGUUUCUUCCAGUGUAGCGGGAUCAGCGAUUUAGCAGCGUUCAGCAGGUGUCUCAGAAUUGACUUCUUGUAAGAGCCAAGUGGUUGUUCCGUGUGGUGUAUAAGGGCGGCUGCCAUAGUCAGGGUUGGAGGGUCGUCUAAAAUGUUCCGGAGUUCGCUUUCGAUUUUCCUCCAGUAUGGCUCAAUGAUUGUACAGUCCCACCAGAUGUGUCGAAGCGUUCCGGGGCCCGCAUUGCAUCUCCAGCAGGUGUUCGUUAUAGACGGAAUAUAUCGACUGAGGACAGAGGGUGUGCGAUACCAGUGUGUCAGUAGUUUGAAGUUUACCUCCUGGUAGUGAGAGCUGGAGGAGCUCUUGUGUUGUAAUAUCAGGAUUUUGACCCAUUGGUCAUCUGAAAACGUAUUGUCCGUCCAUUCCUCCCAUUGUCGUUUGUACAGGUUGUUGUUCGUUCUAUUACCUGUGAUUAAGGUUCGGUAUAUCGCCGAUACCCUCCCGUCCGCUUCCGGUGCUUGUGAGCAUAGUGUUUCAUACCAUGUGAGGUCCCUGUGUAUUUUAGUUCUGUUCGGCAGGUUAUGGUAGUAGUGUUGCAGCUGCGCGUAAUGGAACCGGUGCAGGAUCGUGAGCGAGUUUCCGUCUGCCAGCUCCCCAAGCGGUUUCACUCCCGUAUUGUGGAGAACCAUAUGUAUGGGUAUGUACCCGUCUUGAGCAUCGAUUGGCCAUGCAGAUGUUGCAAGUCCGUCCCCCAGUUGUGGAUUAUGAGUUAUGGGGAUUAACGGGCUUGGCUUGGGUGAGAUCUGUUGUUCGUUCCUCAUUAUGGACCACUGUUUUAACAUUUGUGUAACCGGGGAUUCCUCACCCAAGGUUGAAUGCGCUUCCGUUUCUUUGUGCCAUAUCAGCGAGUGUAAUCGGUUGUCGGUGGUAUCUUUCCAAAGUGUCACCCACCGUUUCUGUGUUGAGGCCAUGUGUAUUUCUCUUAUCCUUUGCAUGACCGUUGCUUGGUGGUAACGUUUGAUAUCCGGAAGUGCUAGUCCUCCCCAACCUCUCGGGAGGCUGAGUUUGUCGAAGCUAAUUCGCGCCCUGUCUCCCUUCCAUAUGUAUUGAAUGAAUGCUGUUUUCAAUCUUGCGAAAAAAGUGCGUGGAAUUGUGUGUGGCGCUGUAUGAAAUAGGUAUAAAAUUCUGGGGAGGAUAUUCAUCUUGAUCACUGCUAUCCUCCCCAGCCAGGAGAUGUGGGUAUGGUUCCACCGCUCGAGGUCUCUGAGUAUGGUAGUCAGAAGGGGUGUGUGGUUGUGUGUAUAGAUGUCUUUCGAUUCCUGUGUGAUCCAUAGCCCCAGAUAUUUCAUCCAUCCUUGGCACCAUUGGAAUGGGUAGUUGCUUUUCAGUUGUGCGCUUUCCCUUUCAGAUACAGUAACGUUUAAGAUUUCACAUUUCGUCAGGUUGAGUUUUAAUCCCGAGAGGCGUCCGUAGUUUUCGAAUUCAGUCAGGAGCGGAGAUAUGGAGUCUGUUGGGUUCCUGAGAAAAAAGAGCAUGUCAUCUGCAUAUGCAGCAACUUUAUGUUCGUGGGUUUUAUAGCAUAGUCCCCUUAUUCUCUCAUUUUUUCGGAUACGGUCUAAGAGUGGUUCCAAUGUUAGUGCGAAUAUGAUCGGAGAGAGCGGACAUCCCUGCCUCGUGCCGUUCUGAAUGUCGAGGCUAUUCGUAAGGGCCCCGUUGACCCGUAUUCUGGCGGACGGGCAGCUGUACAGUGCUGAAAUCCAGGUGAGUAUCUCCUGUCCCAUGCCCGACGUGCGUAGUGUCUCCAUCAUGAAGUUCCAGUCGACCCUGUCGAAGGCUUUCUCCGCGUCCGUUGACAAUAGGAUUAGUUUUGUCUUCGUUUGUUUGGCUAGGUGUUGGAUCGCGAAUAGCCUCAGAGUACAGUCUCUGGCUUCCCUUCCCGGAAUGAAACCGGUCUGGUCUGGGUGUAUCAGUCUUGUAAGAAAUGUUUGAAGCCUCAUCGCUAUCACCUUAGAAAAUAAUUUUAUGUCUGCGUUGAGGAGCGAUAUAGGGCGGUAGUUUCCCACCUGCUCUGUAUUUUUACCAGGCUUAGGGAUAACCGUAAUGGUUGCCGUCAGCGAUUCCCUACUAAAGGAGUGUCCUUCUCUUAUGCUGUUGAUCGCCUUCGUUAAAUGGGGCACAAGAAUGUUUCCGAAUUUUUUGAGGUAUUCUAUUGGGAAGCCGUCUGGUCCCGGUGCUUUUCCGGUUUUUGCCAUUUUCAGUGCUCUCUUGAUCUCCUCUUCUGAGAUCGGUGCGUCUAGUGCUUCUGCUUCCUCUUGCGUUAGGGCGUCCGGUCUGUAGGCUCCCAGGUAUUCCGUCGUGGCCAGCUUCCUCGUAUUGCGGGUCAGUUCGUCCUCGUCCCUUCGAAUACUGUAUAGUUGUUCGUAGUACCGUUGGAAUUCGGUCGCUAUCUCUUCCGGAAAUUGGGUUAUUGUUCCUCGUGUGGUGCGUAGGGCAUGUACCUGCGCUCUACCCUGUACUCCUCUCAGCAUGCGUGCUAGUAGCUUACCCCCCUUGUUGGCGUAUCUAUAGAAAAAUGCGUGGUUUCGUUGGAGGUUCCUGGCAUGUCUCUGCUCAAGCAGUUGAGAGAGCAGUCUUCUGUUUGUUGUGAGAUCCCUGUAGGUCUGGUCUUGUAGGGUGCGUUUGUGGGUCAUUUCCAGAUCUGAUAUCUUCUUCGUCAGUUCCACAAUUUGUUUUCCCAUUUCCUUUUUCUUCCGGGAGGCCAUGCGGAUUAGGUGGCCUCUGAUAACGCUUUUGUGUGCUUCCCAAAUCGUCAUGUCCGAAACCUCUCCAUUGCUGUUUUCCGUAAAGUAUUGGUUCAAAUGAUCAGUGAGUUGGGUUCUGAGUGCCAGGUCCAUCAAGAGGGAGUCGUUCAGUCUCCAAGAGGUUCUUGCUGGCCUAUAUAGGGGAGAUGACAUAGUCACCUGCGCCGCGCUAUGAUCCGACCACGGCGUGGCAAGGAUGUCCGCCCUCUGUAGGUGUGUGAGACCCUCCUGUUGUAUGAAUAUGUAAUCGAUUCUUGAGUACCUGUUGUGGAGCGUGGAAUAGUACGUAUAGUCCCGGUCGUCUGGAUGUCUUGCUCUCCAUGUGUCCACCAGUCUUAGAUCCCGUAAAGCUUUUUGUAUAGUUUUGCGCGCCGAGUAGGGCAUGCUGCUUCGCCCUGUUGACGUGUCAGUGAGGGGGUCUAGGGGCGUAUUGAGAUCACCGCCAAAGAUGAGUAUUCCUUCCGUGAAUCUUGACAGCUUCAACAGUGUGCGCCUCAGGAAGCUCGCUUGUCCAGCGUUGGGUGUAUAUAUCGUGGCGAUCGUGUACGUUUUGUUCGCUAUCUCCCCUUUGAUGAAGAGAUAUCUUCCCCCUUCAUCUAUCUUUUGGUCAGUGAGGGUAAAUUGCAGGUGUGCGGCCAGUAGGAUCGCGGUUCCCCCUUUGCGAGAGGUCUGGUGAUUGCUAUAGUAGUUUACAGGGUAGUGUUUGUCCUUAAGUAGCGUGUUUGAGUCCGAUCUGAGGUGGGUUUCCUGUAGGAGGGCAAUGGAGACAUGUUGUCUCUUGAGAUUUCUUAGAAGGUGAGAUCUCUUUUCGGGUGUAUUUAGACCCCUGCAGUUCUGCGACCUUACGACCAGUUCAGCCGGGAUGUACGCCAUCUGUGGUCCUGUGUAGGCUAUUUGGUGGUUCUGGGUUCUCGUAUAGCUCCUUCGUCCGUCUAUUCAGUUCUGGUCUCUUUGGUGAUGUGGGUCCAGGUGCGUCCCAGAGAGAGGCCUCUCGUUGUGGGUCGGGAGGAGAGAAGGAAGGGAGGGAGAAAAAAAAAAAGGGGGGAAGUAGGAGAGAGAGUGAAGGGAGGAGAAAUUGAACAGUAGUGGAAAAAAUGAACAGCGGUAGCGACUACAGCUCAGUGAGGUUCGUGUAUGCGGUGUGUGACUAUUUCUUCCAGCUAGUUUGGCGAUUAUUCGUCGUCGCCGUGUGUGGCCUUAGUUGGGUUGUGUGUAGCGUGUCAGGGCGUGGGGUAAAGUAACCGUUACCCCAAUUUGGGGUGACUCCGUGUACCCUGGUGGGCAACCAAUGCCGUACCACCGGUUUGUGUCCCGGCAAGGCUUCGACCUUGGCUCCCCCAGUGGGUCCGUCUACACGGAUAUGUGGUCAGGAAGUGGCCUGAUCCUGUUGGUCUCUGUUGCAAUCGCAGUGACUAGAUGUUGGGUGUGUGGCUCGAUCGAAUGUGGUAGCAGAGUCAGCGUUCCCACUAUGUUGAUCUCAGCUAAGGUGUGCAUUAGUCUAGGUUAUAGUUAGCUCAUGUGAAUCCUUGUCAAUGGGUCUGAUAGUUAGGUCGUGUUGUACUUCUCCCGUGUCUGGUGGCUUGCUCAUCCCCAGAGAGUCGUCCCGGGCAAGGUGCGUUUGAGUCUGCGGGGGUUGGAGCGCAACCCAGACGUUCCGUUGCCAGGUCUGAGGUGGGGUGCUUGCGUGUGGUGUACGUAAUGAGGGUGCAAUUCUAGUUGUAGUCUCUGUUAUGGUAGCAGUGUUCUGCGUGUAUGUCCUGUCUGUCAAGGUCAUUCUGUGUGGUAGGCUCCUGGGCAGGGGGGGGGUGUCCCGUAUCCGAACGUUAGCUAUGUUUUGGGUUAGCUCCGUGUGUCUUUAGUACAUGUUCGUCUACCUGUCUAUUAAUGGGGUGGGUUCCCUGUCCAUUCUAGGGUGAGGCCGAUCAUGAUGUAGCCCUCUGUUUCAGCCCCUACAAUAACCUCCAUCGCCGUGGCUUGUGGGCAGCUAGCUUUCCUUCCCCUUGCGUCUCUCAACUAUCCCCACUCCCACUACCUCUUCCUGUGAGCGGUUCCGUGGAGUUGUCUAGGGUAUUGUCAUAGGCCUUGCGGGAUCGGGGGGUUGUGCCACGUUGAAUUUUUUUUUUUUUUUUAAAUAUGAGGUAAAAUUAGUAUCAUCCACCCCUGUCCCCUCCCUCCCCCCCCGCUAACUGCAUUUUGUGAGAGCUUCCCAGCCUACCCCCCCUCUUACGUCCCUAGACUCUCUCUUCCCUUGGGAUGUGCUUCCCAUCUCCCUAGUUCCCUAGUUUCCCCUACCGACGCCGAAGCGCCCCCCUCCCUGUUCCGGCCGACUCCCGGCAGCGGCGUCAGCUUCUUCCUCUCUCCACCACCUCACUUACGUAUCCUCAUUAGUAAGACCCUUUUGCAGUUCGCUUCAAGUUUUUUUUUUAUUUUUAUUUUUUUUCCCCCUUCCCCCCCCUCCUCCCCCCUCCCCCCAGUUUUCAAAGUAUUCGUACUCCCAGUCUCAGUAGUUAGCCUAUGAGAUUGCAGUAGCAUACGUAUCCCCCGCCCCUGCCCUCCAUAAUCCUCCCUCCCAAAGUAGAAUCGACCCAAAGGUGAUGCGUCCAUAGUUGCGGGCCCUCUCAGGAUGUUGUCCCCCUUGCCCCUCGCCUUGAUGCUCAUGCAUAGCUACAAAAGUCUGUGUUUGUCAUCUUGUCAGUGUCUGAAUGUCAUUUGCACUUAUCUGGUUGUCCCGUGUAGAUGGUGUGUGCGUCCGCAGUUCCUUUUUGCCCCUCGGAAUGUUCGCCGCCAUGGCCGCCAGUUGUGGAGGUGUUAGACUCCCGGUUGUGCAGGAUGGUGUGCUGGGUUUUGUGGUCUGCGUGCCGGUCUUCUCUGUGGCGAGUCAUCUCUGCGCCGUCUCUGUGCCCUGGGUGCUGGUUGGUUGGGUCUCAGCUCCGACGGAUUCAGGAUCCAGUCCGUGACCUCCGUAUGCGGCAAUCCCAUGCUUUGUAAAAAGGCCGGUACUUCGUUGGGCCAGCGGAGCGAUUUCCAUUCAUUGUUGUGUCUGGCCAAAAGGCAGAAGGGGAAUCCCCACUUAUAUGGUAUGUUACCGUUUCGUAGUAUCUGAGUCACCGGUCUCAGCGCUCUGCGGGCCUCUAGCGUAAGUGGGGAGAGGUCUUGGUACAGGGCUACCUCUGCGCCUUGAAACCGCCAGGUUGGUCUCGAUCUUGCUUUGUUCAUUAUCAGCUCCUUGACUUUGUAUUCAUGGAGACAGCAUAUGAUAUCUCUGGGUGCGUUGUCUGCAGCACGUGGCCUCAGGGCUCUAUGCGCUCUAUCAAAUUCUAUGCGCUGUGGUGAUUCUGGACCUAGUAUGUCCCUGAACAGGGCGGUUAGUAAGGUCGGUACAUCUUCUUCCCCAGCCAUUGCUUCUGGUAGAUUGCGUAUUCUGAUGUUCGAUCUGCGACCCCUGUUGUCUAGGUCCUCAGUCUGUCUUCUUAGUUGCAGGAGCAUAUUGCCCUGUCUGGUCACUGCUGCAUCAGUGGCCUCCAGUCUGCCUGCUGUUGUGGUUUCCAAUUGUUUCAAGCGCCCAUCUUGUGCUGUAAGGUCCCUCUAGAUUGUAGCUACUUCAGACCUUAUAACCUCAUGCAGUGUGGCAGAGAGUGCCUGGAGGUCUGUUUUUGUGACCAUACUCCCAGAGAGGGCUCUGAUGUCGGCCCUAAUAUCUGCUAGGGAGGGUUCCUGUAUGUCAGGAGGUGGUGUUAUGGCCUGAUCGUCGGCCAUUUUGGCGCCCGGCCUUGCACGCGUUUGUCCGCCGGGUGUGCAGAGGAACCCGUCCAGCGGGCCGGUUUGCGGUGGUACUUGCGCCCCUUUGUUGUGCUGGGAUUCAGACCUCCUUGUGCGACCCAUCGGGUAGGAUUUUGCUCCGUGUGCACGCUGUCGGUAGCUAUGUGGGACGGAGCUCCUCUAACUAGCCGCCAUCUCCGACGGCGUUCAGGCCACGCCCCCCACUGUGUUAUUAUUUAAAUGUUAUAUGCACAUGCUUCAUGUCAUCCUGAUGAAAGUUCAUGUAUUGAACUGAAUUGUCAAUCGGUUUUACUUGGCAAACAACCAGAAUAAAAGUUACGUUUUAUUUUUUCACCACUACAAAGUCCCUGGAGUGCUAUCAUUUUCAACAUAUAUAUUACAUUUUCAUCUGAUUUAUUGUUCUCAUAGGGAAAAGCUAUAUUUAAUCAGUUAUUCCCCCUCCCCCUUACACAUGCAAACAGAUAAACAUGCUGAAACACAGACAUACACACACACACACACAUACAUACAGACACAUACAUACAUACAUACAGACACAUACCUACAAACACACACAGACACAGACAGACUUUCACACAUACAUACAGACACACAGAUACACAUACAUACAGACACACAGGCAGACAUACACACACAGACAGACAGACACAUAGACAGACAGACACACACACACACACACACACAUACAUAGAUACAUACAUACACACAGAUAUACAUACAUACACACACACACACACACACACAUACAUACAUACAUACAUACAGACACACAUACCUGGGGUCCAGUGGCUCAGCCUGAUGGGAGUCAGAGUUCUCACUCUGACUCCCUCCUCUCCUUCCUCCUGCGUGGCUCCCGGUCGUUGCUGGGAGGAAGUGACCUUAUCGGAGGUGGCCCGGUCACGCUGUUAAAUCGCCCCCUGGAAAUACAUAGCAUCGGCCACCCGAUGGGCCCCUUCAAUGUGGUCCCACGGCAACCGCAGUAGUUCCGCCACUCAGUGUGUAGGUCAUGCCCCUGCAUUCUCAAUUCUCUGUCAUUUAGGAGUGAAAUCAGGUCUAGAUACACUUCCCUGCAUGUGACACUAAAACACCUAAACACAUCCUGUAAAGAAUGAUCUAAUGUUUAAACUUCCUUUAUUGCACAUUCUGUUUUACUUAGAAUCCCUUAUCUCAUGCACUGUUAACAGCUUGCUAGACCCUGCAGGAGCCACUUGUGUGUGAUUUAAAAUUCAGUUUACCGAGCAGGAGAUGAAAAUGUCUAAAUCAAGUUACAUCUAAUUGAAAAUGAAACCAUUUUGUUCAUGCAGGCUGUCAGUCAGUCAGGGGAGGUAUGGCUAGGCCUGCAUGGACAGAAGCAAAAGUGGGCAUGAUUUAUACACCAAAACUGUUUAAUUAAGAUAAAGUUGUUUUGAUGCCUAUUGUAGCCCUUUAAGGUAAGGCGUAGCCCAUGACAUCAUUGCACCCUAACAAUUUAAUUGCAAUGAAGUUGGUAUGGUGCCGACAGUGGUCUUUAACAUCUAAGUUUUAAGGUGGCUCCAGAUUGUUGAGUCAUACCAUACUUUUUUCUAAGUUUCACUUGCAUGAACAAAUAAAUCCUGUACUGUCUCUUUAAAUUCCCCUGCAUGAACUGUCCUGUUGUGAAUGUUUUCCGACCUUUUGUUUUACUGUGGAAGUGUAUAGAGCCAGAUAGAUACAUGUGCACAGAAGAGAUAGCCAGUGCUAACAUAUGAAGCAUGUUUUUACAGAUGAAUGUCAGGGCCAUCACAAUGACAUAAGGUGUUCUGUGUGUUUCAUUGUGUACAGACAUGUACUAUAUAAUAAUAUUGUAAUGAUAUGGUGUUAUUUGCACUUGUGUAGAAAUGCAAUUAAAUGUAACAUUGAGAAUUUUGUUUUUUUUUCAUAUUUACUGCUGUGCUUUGGAGAAAUAUGGGGUACUAAAAUAAAGCCAUAGUUCCCUUUUAAACAAUGAUAUAUAAUAUGUAUGGGUGCAGUUAAACAGAAAGGGUGAAAGUGUUCAAGAAUGAACACAUAUUAAAAGUGAAAAAAGGGCUUGGUCACAAAUCACAACUUAACAGAGUCUCAGUCCUUAACGGGUUAAUUUUCUCCCUUUCUUAGGAGGAGCCUUGCUGGAUGUUGGUGAAUGUAUGAAACAAAUGGCAGAGGUGAAAGAUUCUCUAGACAUCAAUAUCAAGCAAAACUUUAUUGAUCCUCUACAGUGUUUACAAGACAAGGACUUAAAAGAAAUUUUGGUAAGUAAACAUUUUGAUGACAGUUGUCCUUUAAUGGAGCAGAUUGCUCUCUCACACCUUUAUCUAUUGUGUUGACCUGCAGAGUAACAUGUAAAGUUGCUAGAAGUGAUGCAAUUUCAAUCAGAAACCAUGUCUGAUAAGGGAGUAGGUAGUAAAGGACAUCUGUGUCUUGAUCCAGGACUAUCAAAGGGAUAUUGGUGAGGGGGUAGAGCUAAUGGACUCACUAGGUCUCAGUGUACAGCCAGUGCCACGAUUGCCAAGCUAUGACAGCUUCCAAUGUGUAUUCUUAAUACAGAGAGAAAAUACAUUUAGAACAUGUAAUAAAUAGUGGAUGAUCAUUAAAUAUAAGUAUAUAUAUUUAGUUGGUUAUGAUAUGGUAUAGUCAAGACAUUAUAUAUUAUAGGGGUCCUAUAAAAAGAUAUUUGAUGUGAAGAAGGAUACCUCUUUCUAUUAAGGCAUACCUUCUUGCUCUAGGAUACACUAACUAAUGUUUGAGUAUUCUACCUGCCAAAUUAGAUGUGUCACUUAGCCACACUCCAAUAUAUUCAUUUCACAACUCCCUCAUUACCCAGAUGAUAUAUGCUUGGUUUAUAGCAGCUGACAGAUGUCACAGGCAUAACAAGAAACAUGAAUACUGAGAUUUUAGUUAGGCAAGAGACUGCUGAUUGCUAUUGAAGUGGCACUGAGCCAGCCCAGGCAUAUGGGGUAUUUCUUUAUUCCCUCACUACCUACUUUGACUCUGACGACUACUCUGUGUCAUAUCAUCUGGGCAUUUACUGUCACCUCCGCAUUCUUCCUUGAACACUUGAGUAGUGACAUGGAGGAAACAUUUCUUUUAGCCACAUAGGGUGGGUCUUUUUUUUUAGUAAAAAAUUAUGAAGAUAAAAAACAAUAAGAUGGUGACUGACUGUUCAUGUCAGUGAUUUUUUAACCUUUUAGUUAUUGAUCAGGCUUUGGUUUUUGAACUAGGUGUACCAUUAUUAAACAAUAUAAUAAAAUCUCAUCAUACAAACUCGGUCUACACUGCCCCUCAUAUCAGAACUUUUCUACAUUCUUACCACCACAUGUAUGUACGAAGAAAGUAACAUAACAAACCUAUUAUGUCAUUAAAAGCACAUCUUCAUUCUGCAGUCUAUGAUAACACUAUUGCAGCUCAAGAUUCACUUACACAGACUGAAGCAGGUUGAUAUUUUUAAAAAUGGUCAAAUCUUUGGUCUUAUGUCAUUCCGACGAUCAGCAGCCAACUGCAGAACACUGACAGAGCUGGGUGUAGAAAAUGUGUUGUUGUGUUUCUCCAGGCAAUGGUGCCAAUUGGGGAAAGAUCUAGCUUCUCAUUUGAAAUGUGGCAUUUAUAACAUGACACAUGGAACUGAUAGAGAGCAUACCAAGGAUAGAGAAGGAGAAUAUAAGGGUAGGCUGGUUAGUGAGCCAGGCAAGAGGUAUGUAAGAGGGCUAAUUCUGUAGCCCUCUGAAUUUUCUCAAAAAUUCAGGCUCACCUCUUGCAGUAAUUCAGUUCUCUUCGGACAGUCUAAGUCUGCAACUUGUUGUUGGAGAAGGGACACAUUGGAAGCCAUAAGUUAAACGUUCUUUUAUAAAAUGGAGAACAGUUUAAGAAUGUAAAUAUAUAUAUAUGUUAUAUGCUUUUGUAAAAAAAGUUUGCCAUUAGUCACUGACUGAUAUGAUUUUAAUUCUAGUUUUCAUAAACAAGGCUAAAUGGAAUCGGGGUGAGGUUUACAUGUUACUGAUAACCACAUUUAUUCAUAUCUAGUGCUACUAAUAUGGCAUCUCUGCAUAUCCACCCAGUAGGACCCCAAUACCUUUUCAGCCAGUCCAAAAUAAUUUUUUCAUUUUGUUUCUUCUUUGUUUUCUUCUUACAGUACCAUUUGAAAAAACUUGAAGGGCGCCGCUUGGAUUAUGAUUACAAAAAGAAGCGUCAUGGAAAGAUCCCCGAUGAAGAAGUCAGACAAGCUGUCGAAAAAUUUGAAGAGUCCAAGGAACUUGCAGAAAGGAGUAUGUUCAAUUUUUUAGAAAAUGAUGUAAGUAUGAAAUAGAGUACACUGCCUGGUGGUCAGACGUGUUCACCUUAAGGAGUCAUUAGUUAAGAGUCUGACAGGAGGUUGGUUGUUUUAUGUUAUUUACUUUCUACAUUGGGUGGAUACUUUUCAAUACAAGUCUGCAGGGAGUAUGCUUAAAUAAACACUUUCAUGUUAGGAAUACAUAUGUGUAUUCCUAAUGAUAUAGAGUCCGAGUUGUUGUUUACGUUACCCGCCAUAUAGUUGUUAAAAAGUUAUUACUUACCUUUUUGUCCUAUGCUCCGCUGCUCUCCCCGCGAUUGUCUCCGAAUCCUUGGAUGAGAUCAUCAAUCGUCCUGCAGAACUGCAAUAUUUUCAUAUGCAGAGUUAAAACGUGGGGACAUGCCGCCCAGACCACUUCAUUGAAAUGAAGUGGUCUGGGUGCCUAUAGUGUCCCUUUAAAGGGGCACUCCAAGCACGAUCACUAUAAUUUUGGUUAUGGUGUAAGUAGUUUACGUCAAGCAGUCUUCUUGGCACCUAGAAUCCACCCCUCUGCUGUGGACAUGAUAACGAAUAGGUUUAAUUUCCUCAUUGUCCACUAAACGUGUGCACAAGUUCUUUUCAUCUAUACCCAAAAAUGACUUAAUUACUUUUAAUCUAUACCCAAAUUAAUCGAUCCUUUUGCGAUUUACCUGGGGAGUCUUAUUCAUUGAAUAUUCAAUUCACAGGAAUUAUUAGUUUGGAUGUAGUUUAUAAGGAAUUUGAUACAUUUGUAGCAGCUGAAAACUGUUUUGAAAACGGUUUGUGCUCAAGUCAGUUGUCCAACCCAAAGUAAUUAUAGGGGUUAGCAGGGAAAGAUUUUCCAAAUAGACACAGGUCAAUGCUGAUUUUUGAAAGUUGUGUUGGUGCCCUGAGUGUCCCUUUAAUAACUUUUUUAAAAUAAUAAUAAAAAAAGGAUUUUCUGCCAAUAAAGGGAUUCUAAUACUCAAUAUUGAAAAGGAAAGGUAUAAUGAUUACCUUUGUUCAUUCCAGGGCUUAGUAGUAGAAAACACAAAUCCAGGUAAAAUUGAGUAGGGCUUUAAUAUCCAGGCACGCAGAUUAAGUGUUUCUUAAAAUAAAGAUUUACUCAGUACACCAUCUGUCAAUUCAUCCCAAGAGCACUGUCAAGAAAUUAAUAAAGACGCUGUGAUAUUGAGAAAUGACAGCUUGUUAAUGCAUUCCUAGGUGACAUCAGAUUCCUUGCCAUUACACAAACACAGGAAUCUUGGUAAAUCUACACACACACUCACACACACACACACAAGGAAUUAUCUUUCUUGUCCUUGGGAACUAUUACUCUUUAAAUGCCAGAUUAAACUUGUUUUGCUGCCCUCUAGAGAAAAUAUUGGUUAAUUGCAGUUCUAAUGCAGUUCAGGACAUUACUAAUGUGUAAUAAAUCUAACAGAGUUUGGAUUAUUCAGUAACAUAUGAAAUGUUAUAAAGUCAAGGUGAAUACAAAGUGAAUUAAAAUCUUUAGGACACAGUAGUUGAAAUACUAAACAUAGUAUUCUUGAAUUGCAGCUUCCAGUUCAGCUAUUUUGGACUAGAAUCCAGUUUGAAUUCCCAACAAUUCACACAUUUUGAAUAAGCCUGUCCUUGUACUAUAGUAAACUGUUUGGCCACUUUUUGUUUCUUUAUCUUUAUUCUUACAUUUUUACAGAUAUUAAAUACAUAUAAGAAAGAAGAUACAAAUACCACCAUGUAAACAUUUAAAAAAGGGUUUCAGAUCCUUAUACAUAAUGUUAAUACUUUUUUUUUUUUUUUUUACGAAUCAAAGUGUACCGUACUUGAAAUGUCAUAAUGCAAAUACAAUGUUAAUACAAUUAAUUUAGAUACAUGUGUUUUUUUAAUGCAAUACAAAUUCUAUAUGCUUAAAAAAAUUUUGGGGAGUGUGUCUAUUAAUGGCUUUUUGAUGUUUAUAUGUUUUUUUGUUUUGUUUUUUUCUUCCAAAUGGAUGUCAGUUCUCCACCGCUCACGGUUUACUAAAUAAAUCGCCUGGUCUUUUAAUAUUUCACUAGCAGUUUAAACUAAAUUGCAGUGAAUUGAAAACCGAAUCGGGAAACAUGUAGCCAAGCUGUGAUUACAAUGGACUUGGAGAAUACUUUCAAAUAAUUAACUUUUACCAACUGUUCAUUUUACUAUGAUUUGGGUUUUACUGAAUAACUCCAACUUUUUUUUUUUUUUUUUGCGUUUAAUUAAAAGUUGUUUUUUUGUUUUUUUUCUCCUGGAAUUACGCUAGUUGAGAUCAUCAGUUGUGAAUUACCCUUCUUUGUUUUCUAUAAAAGGACUGAUGCAUACAUGUUCAAAACAAACAAAAAGUCCCACAUAAAAAAAACAAAAAACAGUUCAUUUACAAAAAAAAAAUCUUUUGCAAUUCACCAGUUACUUUAGUUAAUAAUGGUAUAGGUAUUUAAUAGUUGGCAUCCAAACUGCGAAAUUUACAGGUGACUCAUUUGAACUCGAGAAUGAUUUUAGUUUUUUUUUAAUUUUGUAGUUCACCCCAAGGAAUUUAGACAUAAAAAGAUGAGUUGAUAAAUAAAUUUACUAUAAUACAUCACCCUAUAAUCCUGUUUUACUAGAUGGGCAAAGGAAUAUAAAAGAGAGAAAGACAAAUAUAACUUGCAUUCAGGUCUAUACUCAUUUAUUCAAAUAAUGUGAAACAGAAAUCUUGGCAAGGCUACAUAAUCAGGCACAAUUAAAUCGUUUAUUUAACUAAGAGCAAGCAUUCUCUGCUGUUUGAUCGGUCAGAUGGUGUUUUAGAAAGAAAACGUUUGCUUAUAAACCGUGAAUUUCUGAACAUCGUUUUUUGCAUGAAAAAUGACUGUAGUGGAGUUUGUAGAACUCACAACUUUAGAUUGAGAACACCAGGGAUUCUCUCCUUAAUUAGUUAAUUCAUUUUGCCCUGGCAACAUAUAAUUUUACAUAGUCGGGCAGCUGUUUUGAUGGAUCGUUAGAGAAUCUAGGUUGAAAAGACUCAUGCCCAUCUUGCUGUUGGUCCAAAAGAAGAUGACAAACCAUUUUUUUAUUCACUGAAAAAAACAUUUUCCGUAGCAUACAAAAAUAGGUAAUAUGUGGUGGAACAACUUGUUGAUACAAGAAGAUAUCGGACUAGUGAUUUUAAAAUCAGGAAAUUUUCACUUUCUAUGGCAUAAUUGGAAAUCAGUUAAAGGAACACUACAUUUUUUGCACUUCCAAUGUAAGAUUGUUUCUCUUCCAAUUUGGAUUAUUGCUGCUUCCUGAAAAAGUUAAAUAAAGUAGAUUAUCUUGCUGUUAGGCCUAAGGCGCACCUGUCUUCGUGUAGCCACCACUUUACUCCCAGCUUAGAUCGAUGAUAAUAAUCUCAGCCAAUCCAGUGCUUCCCUAUAGGGAACACGCUGAAUAUCGGUCCUGCAACAUAAAGCUGAGACUGCAUGGAUAGUCUAUUUGUACCAGAACCACUACACUAAAGGGAUUCUAUAGUGAAUGGAAUACAAAGCUUUAUUCUUUACUCUAUAGUACCCUCUGCCCCAACCCCCUGAGUAUUGCAAGGGUUAAAUAACUCUUUUAACACUUACCUGAUCCCAGCACCGAUGUCUCUCGGCGCUCUGUCUCAUCCAACGUCAUCUGGCUGCGAGCGCCACGACUGUAUUAGGCCCUCCCAAUAGGAAAGCACUGACUCAAUGAGGAUGUCCAGCGUCAGGUGACCUAAAGUAGGCUAUAAGCCAGGACAUGCCUCUAGUGGCCAUCUGAUUGACAGACACUAGAGGCAGUCUUAGUCCUGCAAGGUAAUCAUUGUAGUUUCUCUAAAAUGAUGUACAUUGCAGGACUAAGGGGGAGAGGGACAUUGCACCAAGAUUAGUUCAAUGAACUAUAGAUGUCUGGAUGCCUAUAGUGUACCUUUAAGUUUAAGUAGUAGUUCUGAUUGUAAGUCUCCCUUUUAAAUUAGUUUUUUUUCCCUAUACACAGUGCAGCAGUUCAAAAAUUGGUCAAUGCCUCUUCCCCCUCACUGGACAGGGGGUGACAGAGAGACAGACAGAACUUUUAAAGACUAUCCUCCACCUACAACUCUGACUCCUUACGCUAUUUAGCAGUUAUCCUCACACAUUCUGAUUUUUCUAAAAAUAGAAAUAAAGAAUCCAAAAGCAGAUAAAAGAUACCCUUAAUUUCACAUUAUCAUUUUCAACCUUCUAAGAUGAUGACCUCUUGUCCUCUGUACAGGACUGUUAAUGAGAAAAUGACGAGAGACGGGCUUGUACAGGCCCAGUAUAGUGUGUUAUCAUAUCUGCUCUGAGGCACUUUUUUUAAAAAAGUAAACAGAGGCAGUUUUUAAAGUCUUCCUUUACUUUUUUUUAAAUGUUGUAGUCUGCAUCAUUUCCAUUAUAUUUAUGUUCAAGGUGGGCCUUACAAUUGAAAUGUUAUUUUCAAUAACAAAGUAAUACUCUGUUGUGUCACUUUACCGCAUGGACUCUGUUAUAAUAUCACAGUGAGUGAGGAAAAACAAGAGGCACAGGCACGUUGUCAUUGUGGUAAUGCGAGGGGAGGCCAAAGAGAGUCACUGUUUGAAAGGGCAAACCGUGCCAUAUUAAACUAAGGGUUGCCACUCACAUCUGGUAGAAGAGAUAAUGUUUCUGAUCUCUCCAUUCUUUCUGUGUUAGUUGUGUCAUUGAGGGUAAAUUCUAGUAAUGGAGAACAACAGCCCACAAAGUCGCACAAUCAGGUAACAGGUAGAGAGUGUACAAUCCCCAGUUCCUAUACAAUCUUCCUUGAUAGUGUUCUAAACUGAUUAUAAAUCCCCAAUAUUCUGGCCAUAGAUGUUUAUUUUUUUUAAAUUAUAUACCAGUACACCACCUAUUCUAGUUAUUAAAAAGGCAGAGGGUUUAAUCCAAAACUGUUAGGAAUACAGCAAAGACAAUUAUUUAAUGGUUUACUGCAGGAGACCCAUUACUUUUAAUUGCUUGCAACUUUCCCUCAUAGUCCUCUUAUAUUCCUCUUAUGUCCUGUGCCACUAUGCUUUGGAGAUAAGAUUACUGUCACAGAAUACAUUAAAGUACUGGGCUGGGCGAUGGGGUCCUUAUGACUCUCUUAAGAGCACAUGAGACACACAAAAGUUUAUUUUUUCUUUUUAAACAAAUGACAAGUUAGAGCAGUGGUGCCCAAAAGGUAGAUCCCUAAAUGUUUUAAAACUACAACUUCCAUGAUGCAUUGUCAUUCUAAAGGUACACUGACAAACAAAGCAUCAUAGGAGUUGUAGUUUUACAACAUCUAGGAAUCUACCUUUUGGGCACCCUUGAGUUAGAGGGCUAAAAUAAAGCAAUAAUGAAAUAACUUCAAGACUGAGACCUUAUAUUAUAAAGCAAUCUUCAUUGAAGGCACUGGACACAUGUUUACUAUUUUUCUUUCCCUACAGAUAGAACAAGUAAGCCAGCUGGCUGUUCUAAUAGAAGCUGCGUUAGACUAUCACAGACAGUGCACUCACAUCCUGGAAGACCUCCACAGCAGGUUGCACAACAGGUGAUUGUACAGAAAUUCACCUCUAAUGAUUUUACAAAGAACCUGCAUUGGCCAGACUAGCUCACAGUACUGUUUUCUACCUACAGAAUUAAUACCGCAUCUAGUCGCCCUCGCCGGGAACUCCAAUCAAAAUCCAUAAUGUCAACUCUGGAGUGUACGGACAGACUGCAGCAUAAUGGCCUUUCCUACAAUACAUCGAUGACGUUAUCAGGUAAAUCUGACUUGUAGUAGUACUUUCAUUUCUGGAACAUAUUAAAGAAUAAAUUGGGGGGGGGGGGUAAAUAUUUCAGAUCUAGAACACUUAUCAAGAGACUAAUUUGGAAGAAUUCUAGAAAUCGGAUUUCUAUUCAAGUUGACUAAUUUGGCCUUGUGUUUUCUAAAUUCAGCUAAUUGUAGGCAGUACAUCUAGGAACACACUGAAACACCUCCAGCCGUCCUGCACAUGUGCUAUGGGACUUAAAAGGCAGGAGAGAUACAGAAACAGGUGGUUAAUGUGAACUGUCUGCAGCUGAAGCUGAAUUAAUCAUUAGCCUGGAACAUUAACAUGCAUACUUUAGAAACUAUUUAGAAAAAUACAUUAAAAAAUUAUAUAUACAUAUUUACAUAUAACACUGGGAUUAUGCGCUGCGGCUGUGUUGCCAGAAUAACGUAAAACCUAUGAUCAUUGCAGCAUACACUGCCAGUGUGGGUUAAAAUGUGCACUCAUUAAGAUAAUAUAUUAAAAUGUCCAUUUAAUAAUCACGACAAAUAACAGCACACACUGGAGCCAGGAAUCCGUGCCAGAAGGCUUCUUACAGCUACUAUUUUGCUUUCUUAGAAAGAUGAGAGCCCUAUUUGUCUUGUUCAAGUGCCUUGUGGCAUGUCUUUGGACUUUAAACAAAGUCCUAGUUUAAAAAACAGACACCGAAAACCCUACAUCGCACAGCGAUUCCAAUAAGAUCCAUUUCCCCUCACUCGCUGCUAGUAUUGCUACACACUUAAUGUUUUCAGAUGGGGUGUUUAAAAGCAAUAGGAGGAUAAUGGACUCUGCUGGUUUGGCAAAUGACCCAGAUUUAAUCAAAAUACAGUCUUUCCAGCCUGGCGGUAGUUAAAUCUCAAGUGCUAAAACCAGGAAAUGAAAACUGCAAAGAAAAUACAAUGAUAAUCGUGGAUAAAUAUGUUCAUUUAUCAGGUUAUCUAGUAAAAAGAGACUGACGCCAUUUGGCAUUCUGACUUGUCAUAUGAUCAGAGAGGAAAAAUAUAUAUAUUUUUUUAAAUUUGACAAUUUUUAUUGCGUUUAGGGUACAGAAAAAAGGUGGGGAGGGUUGGGGGAAAAUUGCAUAUUCAUUAGCCUGGUUUACAAUUUUGAACAUACAUGUGAAAUCGCAUUUGAUUAUACGAGAGAGGAAAAAUAUUCAUUCAUGACUUUGAUGUGGCAUAUGACCAUCUCAUUAAAACUGCUCAGAACAGGAAUCCAGAAUUCCUGUGCAGUGUUAAUCUAUGUUAAAAGUAAAGUAAAGUACGAUUCUAUACUGGAAAUUACAUUAUUUACAGUGCACAACAGCUGCAUUCUGAAUGUUCUAUGUCAAUGGCUUAUAUUAUAUUACACAUGUUGAAUACCCUUUCCUGCAUAGCUUGAAGGGGCACUCUGGUCACCAGAACAACUACAGCUUAUUGUAGUUGUUCUGGUGUCUACAUUGCGAUGAGGAGAUGCUGAUUGGCCAGGGUGUUUCGCUCCACCCACGCCCCAUCUCCUUGGUUCCUAUGGGCAAGCAUUGUAAUUCGCUAAGAUCAUCAAUUCUGAUAUCAACCGAGGAGGCGGGGCAAUGGUGGAGCCAGCGCCGCUGGACCUGUGCAACACUGGAAAUAAGGUAGGUUUUUUUUACUUUAUUAAAGGGGGCAAGAGGGGCCUAAUUAGUGUUGUUAACACUAUAGUGUCAGGAAUACAUGUUUGUGUUGCUGACCCUCUAGUGUUUCUUUAAAGUCUAAGGAACGUUGAGUUCACAAUUACACCUUACACCGUACAUAUAAUGUUUUACAUUAAGAGAUAACUAGCUGCUUUAUUUGCUUGGUUACAAUUGGCAUUGCCUAAAAGUUACCUAUAUUGUACCACUUACCUCAUUCGUAUCCUCUCAGCCAAAACACGCCCACCUAAGAGCAACAAGAAGACUAUGACCAAACCCUCUAAUUGU